AUGGCACCGUUUUCAAGGCAAGAAGAACAAGAACAAGAAGAAGAACCAGAACUAGAAGGAAAGCAAGAACUAGAAGAAGAACAACAAGAACUAGAAAAAGAAGAAGGAGAAGAACUAGAAGGAAGGCAAGAACUAGAAGAAGAACAACAAGAACUAGAAAAAGAAGAAGAAGAAGAACAACAAGAACCAGAAAAAGAAGAAGAAGAAGAAGAAGAACCAGAACUAGAAGGAAAGCAAGAACUAGAAGAAGAACAACAAGAGCUAGAAGAAGAAGAAGAAGAAGAAGAAGAACUAGAAGGAAAGCAAGCGCUAGAAGAAGAAGAAGAAGAAAAAGAAGAAGAACCAGAACUAGAAGGAAAGCAAGGACUAGAAGCAGAAGAAGAAGAAGAACCAGAACUAGAAGGAAAGCAAGAACUAGAAGAAGAAGAAGAGGGCCCAGAACUAGAAGAAAAGCAAGAACUAGAAUAA